AUGGCGAUUGAUGAAAAGUACCUUGCCCCUAAGCCGCGGAUGGCGAAAGGAAUGACCAUUGAAGAAAUCAAGAAGGCACAUGAGGAGUUGAAAGCGAAAAUGAAAACAACGACAGAAGGGUUCUCGAGUCAAAUUAGUCCACGUGCCAUUCCAAGGACAUUGGGGGAAAAGGAGGGUUUGCUCGUUGCAGUUGAUGAGCACGCCAGAUUUAAAGAGCGCCAGAAGGAAAAGCUACUUCAGCUUGUGGAUAAGAGGAAACCUCAACAAAAAUUGACCGCAUCGUACAUUGACGAUGAUGUGGACGUCUGGAACCGGAAGAAACGCCUCAGUGCAGACAGCUUAGAGUUCAGUGUGGCCACUGCCUCGGAUAGUUCAUCGAGCGACGAGCAUGAUGUUCCUUGCGGUGACCCCUUCUGCGAGCGCUGUGACAUUCAAUCGGAGAUCCUAUCAGAUUUUCUUUCAGACGCAGCGGAUGAAUCCUAUCAAACCUUUCCUCCCGCAUUUUACGAAGCAAAACCGUCAAGAUACUCGAUUUCAAAGAAGUUACAUUCAGCCAAGCAACAAUCAGUUUCGGAAAGGCAACGUAAGGUACAGACUACCGAGCCUAUCAAAACUGCGCAGGGUCAAGCUGAUCCUAGAAAGUACACGGAGAAGACCUGGGCGGAGCAGGAAAAACAGAAGUUGUCAGAGCGCAGGAAAAGUCCGGCUUGGUUGAAUUCAGAACAUAAGUUCAACCAAAAGCAAUUUGCAACACAGACGGAGACGACCAAUGGAACGUGUGAGCCAGAUAAAUACUCUGGCGCAACUCUCGCUGACUCAAGGCAUUGCAUUGUGCCAAAUGCUGCGCAGGCUGCUCAAAAUCAUCUUGACGACCUCCGCAUACAAUCAGUACCAAACACGGGGGCGACGGAUACCAUAAGCGCAGCUAAUGCUGUUAAGAGAGGAAGAUCAACUCAGGUCAUCUCCACAGAAGACAAGACUGACUUGAGUCCAGUGAAAGACUACAAUUCAAAUCGUCCUGGGCUUCCGGUAAAUCCUAAAUUGAUCACACCCAAGAGUCCAGAACUAGGGUUUGAUUUAUCUGAUAACCCAGUUGAGGUUGAAAGGAAAUUCUCUGAGCUUUCUUUUAGAGAACGUGAACGCGCAGCACAACUGAGAAAGUCUACUCAAGAACCUGUUUCGUUGCCUCGCAUAGGCCGGGGAAGUCGACCUCCACUUUCGCCUAGUAGCGGCUUGGCUAUGUGCCAAUCAUACAGGGCUCGUGUCCCAGGUGAAUAUUUCAAGUGGACCAGUCCUUCCGAGGAAGAAAUCACACAUGUGCAAGAGAGGAAGGUAGACUUGCUCAAAGAGAAGGCACAGGUACAGCAAUCAGAGAAUGCACCUUCUUCUCGACCAAACUAA